AUGAGUAUCCUACUUCGGUCCUGCUGCGAGUACGAGACGUGGCUGGGAGAUGGAUCGGUGGAAAAAGCCAAGCUCGUACUUUCCACGCAGUUCGACCUGGUUGGCAUCACCGAACGGAUGAACGAUGCUCUGGUGAGCCUGGGUCGUCUGUAUGGUCUCUCUGCAGAAGAGACUGCGCAGAUCGGACUAAAAGCUGAUGAUCAAGAUAAGCACGACAACUCUGAGAACAAGCUGGACUGGACCGAGGAGGAACUCCGUCUCGCCACUGUUGUGGCGGAGAAGGGAACGCAGAUCUACGAUUUCGGUCAGGAGCUCUUCGACAGGCAGUCUGUGAGUCUCUUUGGGACCUAUGAGAAUUUGCGCGCGGCGGUUGAGACAUUUGAGAAGAUGGACCCAGACAGCCUGGAGUGA